UUUGUACGUUCUUAAAUUUUUAUUUGUAUUGAAGAUCAAAUUGGUUAUGGAGAUGGCUGAUCACUCUUCAUCUUCAUACAUACAUAUGGUACAACAUCUUAUAGAAAAGUGUUUGAUCUUCCGCAUGAGCAAAGAAGAAUGCAUGAAAGCCCUUUCCAAGCAUGCAAAAAUCAAACCAGUUAUCACAUCAACAGUAUGGUCGGAAUUGGAGAAAGAGAACAAGGAAUUUUUCGAUUCUUAUAACUUGUCCCAACCUAAGUAUCCAAAAAAACCUGAUGAGACAUCUGCAAUUGAUAUCCAAGAUAUGGAAUUUGAUUGUAAAUCAAAAGAUAUGGAAAAAGGAGGAUGAUAAUUAAUUAGUAUGAAACAAAAAUUGCUUGUACUGAAUAGUAUAUAUAUGUACUUGUCAUGUUUGGUGCAUAUGGCCACAUUGGGUAUGUACCAAAUAUUAGUAAGUCAGUCUAGCCAUUAUGUUGAUCAUGAAAUGAUAUAAAUUUUCCUUUUUAUGUUAGUGUUGCAAGUUGCAACGCUAGUGAACCUUUAGAGGGUAUUUAUCAUGGUAUAUAUAAAAUGUAUUGAUGAUCAGAUAUGAUGUUAAGGUGGGGAUGCUCCUAGAAUCUUAGUGUCCCGAUAUAAUAACAAAUCACUAGCUAGCUAUCGAUCUGA